AUGACGACACAACUGCGAUUGGACAACGAUGACGAAGAGGGUCUUUUUACAAACAAGACCACAAUGAUGGCAAACUUCGAGGAGUGGAUCAAGAUGGCCACUGAUAACAAGAUUAACUCGAGCAACAGUUGGAAUUUUGCACUGAUCGACUACUUCUACGAUUUGAAUGUGUUGAAGGAUUCAGAGAACAAUAUUAAUUUCCAGAAAGCUUCUGCUACUUUGGAUGGGUGUGUAAAGAUUUAUUCAUCAAGGGUUGAUUCAGUUUCCAAUGAGACGGGGAAACUACUUAGUGGGUUAACUCAAAGGAAAGAAACUACAAUGAGAAAUGGUGGUAAUAAAAAAAAUGGUGAUCAAGAAGAUGGAGAAAAUGAGGAGGAAGGUGACGAAAGUAGUAAUGUUGCUGAUGGUGAUAAUGUACAGAUCGAUCCAUUAACAGGACUCCCGAUAUCUGUAAUUACAGAUAUGACAAAGAGAAGGGUUCAUAAUAGGGUUCUGGAGACAACAUUAGUGGAUUUUGAUACAAUUAAAUUGAAAACUUUGGAUCAAGAGUUGAAUAUUGAUCCGUUGUUUAAAAAAGCUCUCGUAGAUUUCGAUGAAGGAGGUGCUAAAAGUUUAUUAUUGAAUACGCUGGAUUUAGAUGAUUCUUUGCGUGUUGUGUUUGAUGCCUCAAUAAAGGAAGACAAGCAAAAUGAUAGUAGCCGACCAUUGCCAUUGGCUGACCAACAAAAGGAGAGUGAAGAUGGCGACGAGGAUGAAGCAAUUGAUGAGUCAGGAUCUAUGAUGAAUAAUAAUGAAAUCAACAAAAGUAAAUCGCAGUAUCUUAUUGGAGAUGACACCAAGGAUACAACUUUUAUAGUCGAAGAUGAGGUGUUGGCUUUGGGUAUAGAUUUUAUUAAAUUUGAUCAAUUGGCCUCAAGUGAGAUAUCAUCUUCGAUACAACAACUUAGAAAUGUUGUUGAAGAUAUUAGUAAAGCAAAAUCCUUCGUAAAGAAUGUUAACAAUAAACUAGAUAAUUUCCUUACUGAAGAGGAGAUCAAGGACACUGUUCCAGAUGCUUUUGAUGGGAUGGAUGACAAUAUGGACUAUUAUGAUGAUGGAAACAAUGAAGCAAUGGACAGUCAUGGGAAUUUAACAGCACGUAGGCUUGAUAUGUCGAAUAUUGACAUGGAUGUUGAUGAUGAUAACACUGAUGAUUUGGAAGAUAAUGUAACCAUUCAACCUAUUAUGGAAAAGGAUUUGAUGGCUUAUUUUGAUGAUAACUUGAAUAAGAAUUGGCGAGGAAGAGAACAUUGGAAAGUUCGUAGUUUUAAGAAUAAAUUGUUGCCUGAAGUAGCAUUAAAUGAUGAAAAGAAUAAUAUAGCAACGAAUACUCAUGCUACUGAUAGUGAAAAUAAUAAUGGUAAUAAUGUGGAGACUGUCACUGAGGGUGCUACUACAUCUCAGAAGAAGAAGAAGAAAACUGUUACUAUUGAUUUCUUUAAUUUAGAUGAUGAUUUGGAGGAUAAUGUUUUUACUCAGCCCAAAAAGAAAUCUUGGAUAGAAAUGACUCAAAAGUUAAGAAUGAAUGAUACGCAUUAUCUGUUACCUGAUGAUUUCCAUUUUUCAACUGAAAAGAUUACAAAACUGUUUAUUAAGCAGAGACAAACAAUGAGUUUGUUCAGUUAUACGAAAAAGACUGCAAGGACAGAUUCAUCGUAUAUGCAUCGUGAUGCAUUUACUGGUGGUGUUGGAACGGAAGAAAACGAUAAUAGUGAGGGUCAUGGACCUGAAAUUGCAGAUGAAGAAUUCUGGGCGGAAACAUACAAGAGAAAGGAAGCCGAAGAAGCGGCUCGUGUAAACGGUAGUAAUGGGGAAUCCAUAGAUGUGAUUGGCGCACAUCUUGAAAACCCAUUUGAUGAUGGUGAUGAUAAUGGUAUUGAUUUUAACCAAGCAUUCGAUGAUGCAGAAUACAAUGAUGACGAACAUGGAGACAACCAGCCAAUACGCGAAGACUUCAUUAAGAAAAAUGAGGAUGAACUAAAUGGUAUACCCCAGAAAGUUAACUAUUCUCGUGUUUCUAAGAAAGUUGAUGUAAGAAGACUAAAGAUCAAUAUUUGGAAAUCUGUAUUAUUGCUAGUGAACGAAAAGGAUACAGCUGAAGAUAUCGAACAAUCAUAUGAAAUAAUAACUUUGUCUUUUAAGGAUAUUGCAAAUCAGUUGGUGAAAUUCUAUCCAAAGGAACUUCUAAAGGAUAUAUCUACCAGUUUCUGUUUCAUUUGUCUAUUACAUUUGUCGAAUGAACAUGGUUUAACUAUUCAAAAUACAGAAAAUUUCGAGGAUUUGAAAGUAGAAUAUAAUAAGUCAACGAUACAGUUGAGUCAAUAA